GUAGGCAGAUCAAUGAACUCGGCUGUGUGAACUAGUUAGGCGAUCGAAGUUGGUCUCUGAAUCUAGGUUACCUUCUCACUAACCGGGGGACUCGUGUCAGUGUGUGACUUACUGUGGCUAAUUCACCCUGCGGAGCACAGAAGGCGUCCCUCCUCCGAAGUGGCGGUAAACACGGCGUCAGAAAGUUUUGGGACCAAGUUGGGACGCUUUGGUCACGGUCCGAUACGUGUGCUGGCGUUCACGGGUACCUCUAGAGGAAUGAUUUUCCCAAACAGCAGUAACCCGGUCAGAAGUUCGUACCGCAAGCAGCCGUCUGUUGUCCAUACUUCACACCCUAUGGCACCACCGAGCCCCAGUGCUAACAGCAGUAACAACAACAGUAGUAGCAGCAGCAGUGCGGGGUGGGAGCAGCUCAGCAAAACCAACCUUUAUAUCCGCGGACUAUCUCCAGGAACGACCGAUCAAGAGCUGGUCAAACUGUGUCAGCCAUAUGGAAAGAUUGUAUCUACGAAGGCCAUUUUAGACAAGGCAACAAACAAAUGCAAAGGCUAUGGAUUUGUGGAUUUUGACAGCCCAGCAGCAGCACAGAAAGCUGUUUCUGCACUGAAAGCAAGUGGAAUUCAAGCUCAGAUGGCCAAGAGCUCUCCUGGAGGCGUCGCUGAUGCACUGAAGCAACAAGAGCAGGAUCCCACGAACCUGUACAUUUCUAAUCUCCCAAUCUCAAUGGAUGAACAAGAGCUAGAAAACAUGCUGAAACCUUAUGGGCAAGUUAUCUCCACACGAAUAUUACGGGAUUCCAAUGGCACCAGUCGAGGUGUUGGCUUUGCAAGGAUGGAAUCAACAGAAAAAUGUGAGGCAGUCAUCUCUCAUUUCAAUGGCAAAUUUAUUAAGAUGCCCCACGGAGUUCCUGCUCCUACGGAACCAUUACUAUGCAAGUUUGCAGAUGGGGGCCAGAAAAAACGUCAAAAUCAGAACAAAUAUAUCCAGAAUGGUAGAGCGUGGCCCAGAGAAGGCGAGGUGAGACUUGCUGGAAUGACCCUGACAUAUGAUCCCACUACAGCUGCUAUACCAAAUGGGUUCUAUUCUCCGUACAGUAUUGCAACAAACAGAAUGAUUGCACAGACUUCUCUUACACCAUAUAUUGCUUCCCCUGUUUCAACGUACCAGGUUUUGCUUGAUGGAGCUGACUCCCCCAAAGAUCUAUUGCCGAUGAUGCAGAGUCCUUCUUGGAUGCCACACCAGCAUUACAUCAUGCAACAUCCUAGCGCAGUAAUUUCGCCCUCUAUGGACCACACCAUGUCAUUGCAGCCAGCAUCCAUGAUAACGCCACUGACACAGCAAAUGAGUCACCUUUCAUUAGGUAGUACUGCAACGUACUUGCCUGCCACGUCAGCUAUGCAAGGAGCCUAUAUACCACAGUAUGCGCACGUUCAGUCAACGGCUGUUCCAGUCGAGUUUGCACAUCAAGACUUUAACAGCUCGCCCAUGGUUACAGGAAUUAGCUACAAGGAACCAAGUGGGCAGCAGCAGGCAGUUCCAGUGGAAACCUCCGGUGAACACUCUCCUUACGCUUACCAACAAAAUAAGUAAACGUUAGAUUUACUACAAUGACCCAUCUGAGAAUGAGGGCAAAGACUGAAUGAAACAAUCAUGGUCUCCUCUAAUGUAUUGCGCUUUAAGGAACUUGUUGACAUUUUUGCACAGUGUCUGAAAGAAAUAAGUUUAUUUGUAAUGAAAUCGAUUAAAACUAUUUUUGGUAUGAGUUCUAAGGUGCAUAUUUGUGCUUAGAUUCAUCUUGUGGCUCUUACUUCCGUGGAAACAAGUUUAUUUUAAUAAGGAACAUUUAUCUUCAACAAGUGUUAUCAGAAAUCGUGGCUCUGCUACUCUGUACGCACUUGGAACCAUACAGACAUCUGCGAGUGCAUGACAGUUUUUUGAUUUUAUUUCAUUUGUAUUAUAAGAAAUAGGUUUAAUUAAGUUUAGUGAUUAGCUAAACAUCUUGAUGUGAUGUUCCAUGCUUGCAGUGUGCGUAUGCGUGUGUGUGCGUGUGUUGCUGUUGUGAAGUGUUACAUUGUCCUUGUUUUAAACAUGUUUUUGUCUCUCUCUCUCUCUCUCUCCCUUUCCCCUUCUUUAAUGUAGUGUGAUGUGUCUUUUUUUUAAAUUCCAAUUUGCCUUAAAUUUUUCAAUUCAGUAGCUGUUUAGAUAAAUAGUUGAGAAUCCAGUAAUGAAGUAGAUUGCUUUUGACCACAUGAGCUGGUCGGUAAUGCCUUGCAAAGCAGCCGCGUAGAAAUUUUUAAGAACAGGUAGUUGAAUUUGCUAAAAAAAUGCUUUUUUAUUGUGCUGUAGGUGUUUUUAAUGAUUUUUCACUUUAAUCAAAGAUAGAAUAUGUAGGAAAGAAAUGUUUUGAGUGAAACACAUUUUCUGACUGAUGAAAUUUUAAUAGAAUGAACUGUUUAUAAAAUAGAAUAAUUUCUUCUCUUAGUUUGAAUGGGUUAGAAAAUCUGCUGUAUGAUGCAAAAUCACAACUUUUGCCUUUUUUUUAAAUCUAACUUGAUGUUAUAGUUUUAGAGCUGGUAGAGCUGAUAUUUUUUUUUUUGGGGGGGGGGGUCACUGACAGAAUGUUUUGUCUUUCCUUUGUACAAAUACUAUACUUUUAGAAUGAUUGUGCAAAACCUAGCAACAGCAACUGCAACAUUAAUGUUGCAGCAAAAAUGGCAAAACAUAAAGGACUUGUUUUAAACAUAAGCUGAGAGUUAUUUAUGAGUGAGGCAGUUUGAUUGGGUAUUAGCUCUGUAUUAAAAUAAAAUUUAUAAAUGACUUGGCACUUUCUAAAAGGUAACUUUACCAAAGAACAAAGAGCUAGUAGCCAGUCAGAAUGAUUUCUCUUAGCCUUUCGAUUUUCUGUACUCUUUUAUUUUUUGCCGGACCAGUUUGCAGUUAGAAGAAUGUGCCUUUUUUUGUAAAUUUGCAUUUAGUUUUUUUUCUAGGUUAAAAUUAGUAUAUAGACACGAGCAUGAAGGAAGACUUGGAUCCAGGUUUGCCACACUUUCCAUCAUCACUACAAGUGCUAUAUAUGUAAAAAAAUAAAAAUAAAAAAAAAUUUUUUGAAACUAUGAAAAGACUGACAGAGCACACAAACCUGUAUUUUACAUUAUAGAUUUUACUCUCUGAUAUUAUAGUGCUUUUAUUAUAAUCACAUUUAAAAAAAAAAAGAAAUAUAAAUUAAGUUGUCUUCCAAGAGACUGUGUACUAGUCUGGCCAGCUACGUUUGACCAGUUAUCUACCUCAGACUUUUGUUUCCUGUUAUGUUGGGACAGGUUGCUGGACCUGCCUGUUUCCACAGACCAAAAUCACCCUAGCGCUGGAGCUAGUCAGAAUCCGUUUAUUUCUUUCAAGUGUUUAUUUAGAGAUUUUUUUUUUUAGUUAUAUUGUAAGUGUGCCCAUUGCUGUCGGUGAAAUUUCAUAGUUUCAAACGUUAUUGCUGCUCUCAGUAGUAUAGAUUCCACUUGAUGAUAAAGUCUUGAAAGAAAUGAUUUACAAGGAAAAAAGUGAUGGUGUUACUGGGUCUACCCGCCCUAGAAUAUUACUGCUUUCUAGAGGUCCAGACAAGCUGCAGCAACUUCCUUUCUUAGUUUCUAACUAAUGGCAGAGCUUGCAUAUACUUGCUUUUUUGUGCAUUAUUUGAUACUGAAAUAGGAUAGUUCUAGAGGAGUAAGUGGAAUUUGCUGCUGCUAGUGUCUGAACUAAGUGCCAUACUCUGUGUCUGGAUAAGAUUUGGGAAACAUAAUCUCUGUACAUAAUUAAUCAGUUUAAACACCACGUAGUGGACAGCCAUUAAAUUAUAAAAAGUAAUUUAUGAAGAACGACCUUUUGUACAGAUUGUUUGGAAAAAAGAUUUUCAUAGAGAUGUCUAUAUGAUCUAGAGAGUUAAUUUUUUUAUUUUUGUUUGUCUAGUGCCACAAGCUUGCCAGUGGUAACUUAUUUGUCCGGUUCAAGAAAACUGUAGUUUUGUUUUCCUAGAACAUUGUUGUUAAAAAGCCAAAACACAUUUUUGAACUGUAAAUUUUAUCAGAUUGUUCUUAGUUUUUCUGUUCAUUUCUUUUGAAGACUUUUGAAUAAAAAAAGAUGAAAAAGA